UUUGUUAUCUAGAACUACGGUUAUCAACGAAACUACUGCGGAAGACUCGAUUAAACACGUGCACGUGCACUGACUGUUUAACGUCUCAAACAGAUCGUCUACAUAAUACUUCACAAUAUUGUUCUAUGAGACAAAGUUGUUGAAUUUUUCACUAUGACUUUGGACAUGGUUCCAAUGAUGGAUCCGACUACCGGCGAUGAAUGUGGCAAGAAGCGUAAAAAGAAACAAAACCUUGACGGAGGAAAGAGGAUUAAACCACCCACUGCAGAAGAGUUGAAUAAGCUCCGUGAAACUGAAAACCUUUUUUUGUCAAAUAUGUUUCGCUUGCAAAUUGACGAAAUGUUAAAAGAAGUGAAACCAAAACAAACUACUUUAGACAAAAUCCAAGAAUGGUUUGAUAAGUUUAGCGUAGCUGUGUUACAAGAUAUGGACACUGCAGAUUAUAAAAAAGAAUUAUUGUCAAAUAUGAAUGUAUCUGAAAUUAGUACACCAUUUCAUCUAAACCCUCAAAAUAAUACAGAUGGAACUUUUCGUUUUACCAAGCCGUGUUCUGUAAAAAUUGUAGGUUCCCAUUCUUUAGGAACAUCCAUAAUGCCAUUAAUUAAAGUUGACAUUUCAAUUGUAAUGGGAAAAACAUUUUUCCAUAAGAAAGACUAUGCCGAUGAAAAAUAUUUACGUAAAAAGGCUUUUUAUCUGCACUGCCUUGCCAAAGAAUUAAUGAAAAUACCAUUUAUGAUUGAUAAUGAUGAUGUACAGUUUUCUUUUGGAAGUCAUUCAUAUUAUUUACCUUCACUUAUUGUAAAACCAAUUGGUACAUUGGGUAAAAAAUGCUGUUUUUGUUUACGAGUUGUUCCCGAAAAAGAUAUUUACAAUUUAAAUAAAUUUUCUCCAAGUACCAACAAUAUUAAUUGUCAAUGGUAUUUUAAUACAAGUGUAGAGAAUUAUGAUUCAAAAAAUUAUUCAACGCCCUAUUACAAUUCAUUAGUUUUGCAAGAUUUGGUAAUGGAUAUAAACGACAUUUUGCUAAAAGAAAUAAUUGAAAUCAAUCAAAAUGUUCAAGAUGCUCUGAUUUUAUUAAAAAUUUGGAUUGCUCAAAAAAAUCUUGGAGGGGUUGGAAAUGUCACUAACUAUAUAUUGUCAAUGUAUGUAGUUUAUUUGUUUAAAAAGCAUAAAAUAAACAAAUUUAUGAGUAGCUAUCAAAUAAUAAGGAAUGUUUGGCUAAAUUUUGGACAAUCUAAUUGGCAUAAUGAUGGUAUUACUUUAGUAGACAAUGAAAGCAAAAAAGAUGUAAAAUUACCUUUAAUGUCUGAUUUCCAUUCUACAUUUCAAGUUGUAUUUGUUGAUUCUUCAGGAUACUUGAAUUUGUGUGCCAAUGUUUUUAAAUCUAACUACAUUCAUAUUAAAAAUGAAUGUAAUUUUGCUGUUGAAAUGUUAGAUAACUCAGACAUGAAUUCAUUCCCAUGUCUGUUUUUAACUAAAGCUUCAUUUCUCCAACAAUUUGAUCAUCUUAUCAGUUUCAAUGACAUCAAGGUAAUAAAAGAUAUAGUUAGUCAACACAGUGAUACAAAAUUGAAAUUGGAUUUGAGGGAAGAUUUAGCCUUGCAAUUCCAGAAAAUUAUAGAACCAUUAUUACUUUCCAGUCUUGGUGAUCGUAUAACUGAAAUGUGUUUCAAUGUUUUUCAAGACUCUGUUCUUAUUGGAAAAACUCAAGAACCGUUCAGUAAUUUUUUAAUUGGUUUAAAGUUAAAUUCUCAAAAAGCAAAUUCAGUAGUUGAACGUGGUCCAAUUGCAAAUUUGCCUGAGGCUAAAGAGUUUCGCUCAUUUUGGGGCGAAAAAUCUCAAUUAAGACGUUUUAAAGAUGGAGAUGUUUGUGAAGCAGUUGUAUGGGCUGAUAGUAAAGCAGCUAUAAGUAAAAAGCGUUGUAUAAUUAGAGAUAUUGUGAAUUAUGUAUUUUUACAUAAAUUAUCAAUAUCUUCAGAACAAUUUAUUUAUAUUGCCGAUCAAGCGGAAUCAGUUUUAGAGAAUCCAUUUAUAGUACCAAUUGGAUUUGAUUAUGGUACUGGAGAAGCAGCAAGUUUGUGUUGUAUUGAUAAUUUUAAUGAUGUAGGAAAAUUAAUUCGUCAACUUGAAGGAUUACCUUUAACUGUGAGUUCAGUACAAGGAAUAUCACCUGUAUUGAGAUAUGCUGAUGUUAUACCACCAUUAUCUAGAACUCAUGUCGACAAUAAAAAACAAAGGAAGACUAAAGGAAAUUGUAUAUUAGCACCGACAGAUGAGGAAAUGAAAAUAGCUCCUGGAUUUGUCGAACCAAUUGAAGGUAUAUUACAAUUUGCAUCCAGUGGAAAAUGGCCUAAUGAACUAAACGCUGUAAGAAGAAUGAUUACAGCUUUUUACAUAAAUCUAGCUGCAAGGUUACAUAAGGAUUGUAAUUUAACUUGUCAGCCAUUUGUUAAUCAUAUAGAUAUCAUGAAAAAUGGUUUUGUUUUCCGUUUUCGUAUUUAUUAUCCUGGCGAAGUAUCAUUUAUUAAAAAAGAAUUAAUGCCAGAUGGUAUGAUCCGAUAUAGAGAUACUGAAGAAUCCUUGAAUUUAGAGAGAUCAAUGGUGCAGUUGCCUACAUUAACAAGCUCAUUGCAUGGCCUUAGUGUUCAAUAUCCAUCGUAUGGACCAACUUGUUGUUUAGCUAAACGAUGGCUUAGAAGUCAGUUAAUUGAUAAUUUUCAUUUCCCAGAUAUGUGUAUUGAAUUGUUAGUGGCUAGCUAUUUCUUACAGCCUGAGCCAUUUAAAGUAACUUGUCAACCAACUAUUGGUUUGCUGCACUUUUUACGUAAAUUAGCAACAACUGAUUGGUUUAGAGAAUUUAUUGUUAUCAAUUUCAAUAAUGAUAUUCCAAAAGAUCAUAUUUCAUCAUUGGAAUGUUCUAUUGCUAGCCAACAAAAAAAUUCUUCAAGACCUGCAAUGUUACUAGUUACACCUUAUGACUUAGAUGGUACUUCAUGGACAAAAGAAGGCCCUUCAUUUACAAUACUUGCUCGUCUUAUGCAUUUGUCUAGAAAGGCUUUAGAUAUAGCUGAAGAAAGUUUAUUAAAGAAUGGCACUGUAGAAAAUUUAAAACAAAUAUUUAGACCUUCGUUAGAUAAAUAUGAUAUAUUAAUAAAGCUAAGGAACAUAAUGAAUCCUCUUAGACAUAUGGCAGUUGAUGCCAAAAUGGCGAAAAUUUACUCCUUAGAACCGCCCGAAGAUAAAGAAAAAAUACCAAUUAUUGGGUUAAAUCCAGUUCAAGAAUUACUAAAUGUCCUAAGGGAAAGCUACUCAGAGUAUGCAUUAUUUUUCCACGAUACAUAUGGAGGCAAUGUGAUAGGAGUUGUUUUUAAACCUAAUGUAUUUAAUAAAAUUGAAUUUAAGGUAACUAAUGUCAAUGGUCAAAGAUUACACAAGUCUUCAAGUAGCAUAAAACAUGUUGAAUUUAAUUUAGACGCUUUCAUUGAGGAUAUAGAUGUAUAUGGUGGAUUUAUUGUAAAAGAAGUUGAAAAAUGUAACAAAUCACUGUUUUGUAAUAAUUAAUACUUAUCUAAACUAAUCAGUUGAUUUAAACAAUAAAAUGAUUGACAUACA